UUCCGCUUUUCAUUCUCUCCUCCCUUAACCCUCGAGUUCAUCCACUGAUCUAUUCCCGGUUAGAUACUGUAACGUUAUCGAGAGGUAGCCACGAUCAUCAAAUAGCUAGAUAUGGACGAUUUUGACAUGCUCAGCGCACCACAGGCUGCGGCCGGCAAUGGGACGGACGAAGACCCCGCUGCCGCAUUCUUGGCCCAGCAAGAAAGCGAGAUCGCGGGGAUUGAGAAUGACGAAGGAUUCAGCAUCCUGGACAGCGGAGAGGUUCCAACGUCGCUAGACAAUAAUCUGACAGGCGACGCAAACGAUGCAGUGGAUGGUGCUGUUAAUGGGGACAUUCAUGAGGAGAGCAACGGCCCGUCUGAUGCAUACUCAGCCAUCUCCAGUGCCGACCGGCUGCAGGCUGAGCCAGAGAGCCUGCGUAAAUGGAGGGAGGAGCAGAGAGAGAGGCUUGAGGUCCUAGACGCUAACUCUCGUAAGCAGGAGUCUGAGUGGAAGGACAAAGCCAAGGUAGAGCUGGAGGAGUGGCACACUAGACAGGACGAGCAGCUGGAGAAGACUAAAGUGAACAACAGGGUGCUGGAUGAGGAUUUCUACAAACAACCCUUCUCUGACCUGAUUGGUUAUGUCACACACAUUAACCAUCCUUGCUACCGCCUAGACCAAGCGGCCGAGGAGGCCAUGCUGUCGGACAUGGACGAGAACAACCCGGGCACCGAGUGGGAGCGCGUGGCGCGCCUCUGCGACUUCAACCCAAAGUCCAGCAAGCAGGCCAAAGACGUGUCCCGCAUGCGCUCUGUCCUCAUCUCCCUCAAGCAGGCCCCUCUGGUCCGCUAACCCCAACCCUCUUCUCUCUCUGUUAGACGUCUCAAUUCAGUCCCUAACCCCUCCCCCUCGGCACUAACCAUUCAGUGUUUGAAUAUCUGAAGGCUCUGAAUACGUACUGUAUAAGCAGUGUAGUGGUGGAGCUUCUUACAAUCCACCAUGUUGCUUUCACCUUACAGAUCUGUUAACAUUGAGGGGAAGGGAGUGAAUUGAGACGGCUGUAUCUCUACCCUUUGCUAACCCUCUCUGGACCCAGAUUGCAACCAAACUCUCAUAGGGAAAUGUAUCAUCCCACCUACCUGACCUGGGGUCGUUCCCAGCCAACCCACCUACCUGACCUGGGGUCGUUCCCAGCUAAACCGACUACCUGACCUGGGGUCGUUCCCAGCCAACCUGACUACCUGGGGUAAUUUC